AUGGCUUGCUUGCCGUGCUUCUACAUGUCCAUACACUUUCUUUUCUUGUACUUGUCGUGCCAGCCUAUUGACACGCACAUCCUCUCUCGUUCUGUGAAACCUCUUUGUCUCGAGGAUGAAAUGUCUGCACUGCUACAGUUUAAAGAGGAUUGUUGCUCUUGGGAUGGGAUCGAGUGCGAUGAGAACACAGGCCAUGUAAUUGUUCUCGAUCUGGGAAGUAGUUUUCUCUAUGGUUCUAUCGACAACAACAGUACCAUCUUCCAGCUUGCUCAUCUUGAAAAGCUCAAUCUUGGCGACAAUCACUUCAACUACUCUCGAAUACCAUCUCGAGUUGGAGAUCUGUCAAGAUUGACUCAUCUCAAUCUCUCUGCUUCCUUUUUUUCUGGCCAAGUUCCAUCAGAAAUCUUCAAACUUACAAGGUUGGUGUACCUCAACCUGUGUUGCAAUCUGGAUCCACAUCAUGAUAGACUUUUGUUGGAGAUGAAAGCGCCAGGCCUGAGAAGGCUAUCUCAAAAUCUGACCGGCCUAGAAGAACUUCUCCUUGGUUUCGUCAACAUGUCGUCCCAAGUUCCCAACACUCUGGCGAAUCUGUCUUCACUAAGAAGGCUGAACAUGGAUGAGUGUGACCUGCACGGUAUAUUUCCGCCUGCCAUUUUUCAUUUACCGAAGCUGCAAUAUCUUAGUGUGGAUGACAAUGAGGAUCUCACGGGCCGCUUGCCUAACUUCAACUCGAGUAGUCCUCUUAAAGAGCUGCGACUGGGAGGCACAAGCUUUUAUGGGGAGCUACCGGCUUCAAUCGUGAUUUACAAAGGUCUUAAACAGUAUUACUCAAAGGUACUAGAUGUCUUCACGGUCAUCGACCUAUCCAACAAUUCGUUUGAAGGAGAGAUCCCUGAUGCCAUAGGUGAUCUCCAAGGAUUGCAUGGACUAAGCCUUUCCAACAAUUUCCUCACUGGUCAUAUCCCAUCAUCAUUUGGGAAUCUCACGGUACUUGAGUCAUUGGACCUUUCUCGGAACAAACUCUCAGGACGAAUCCCCCAGAAGCUAACGGAACUGACGUUCCUUUCUUCCCUAAAUGUGUCUUACAACAAUUUGACAGGAUUUGUGCCUAGAGGGGCACAAUUCGAUACAUUUACAAACAAUUCUUUUGAAGGGAACUCGGGACUGUGUGGGGAAUUCAUACCCAAGAAAUGUCGACAUUUGGGGUAUGCGUUGGGACAACCUCCAACCCAAUAUGAAGAGGAUUUGGGAUUGCCAAUUGAACUCGAUUGGAAAAUUGUUCGAUGGGGUAUGGGAGUGGCUUAG